GGGGAGGGGGAGGGCUGGAUGACGGAGCGAUAGACAGGAGGAAAUAGAAGAACGGCGUAUAAUAAUUACAGAGUCAUGGCUUGAGCGAUGGAAUAGAGCUCGAGAUCAAGAAGAACGCGUACUUUAUAUACUUCUGGAAAUGAGAUAUUAACUAGAUCCAAGAUGUGACCCCAUAUGUUUUCAAACUCCUUAGAAAAACACAAGAAUAACAAUCAGGACAUAAAAACAAUCCCACCAUGCAUCCCUCCUCUCGUCCCUCUGUGGCCCCACGUUCCCGCAGGUUUGUCAGUAGGCGUACGGAGGUAAAACCAAGCCAAGGGGCUAAGAAGGAGGACAAAAACACGAACACAGCAUCUUCAUCCCCUCGUCGUCUCACUCGGGCACCACCUGAGUCUUCCAGGUUGAAGGGCCCCAGUCAAGGUGCACGAGCACUAGUGGUUAAAUCCAAACUGGUGCGGCCACAGAAGAAUGGUGCUCACGCAAUACCAGCAAUCUCAAAACCAAAAAGUGGACACACUGUUUCAAACAUAGUCCCAGCUGUGGAUCCGAACUGUAAUGAGCCCAGCCUACCUUGUCUGUGUUGUGAUGGCCAUUCACCUCAGGAUAGCAACAGCCUUUUUAAUCACAACCAUAACAACAAUAACACUGUAAACAUCAGGCAACAAAAGAAGCCGCCAAUACCACCACCCCCACAGAAGGAAUUGCCAGUUCCAAAAAAAGACAUCAAAAAAGAUGAUAGUAAGCCAGAAGUAAAGCAACCCCAUGUCAUCCCAGUGGAGGAGAGAGAGGAGGACAAUGGCAAUGUGGAUGAAAAAGAGGGUGGUCAGCUCAAAAAUGAUGACUGUAGUGUAAAUCUGAACGCUAAUGUUGACGAGAAUGGCAACGGCAAUUGUGAUGGUAAAGAUGGUGAAGAUGAUGAAGAUGAAGACGACGAAGAUGAUGAUACUCUUGUCCCUUCUUGCUGCAACUGUCCAGAUUCCAUGCUGAACUUCUCCCUUACAUCUUUUACUUCAUCUUCAUCCACAUCCAUCAGCAGCUGCUCAGAUCUGGAGUGUGACUGUCCUGAUACAUUUUCAUUGUCAUCCCAGGACCAAGAGGCCACUGAAUGUUAUCCAUCGUCUUGUUCCCUGGACACCAACUGCCCUGCCUUUCAGUCCAGUGUCUUACCAUUGGAUCUCAACACUUCUGCAAGAUCGCCUUGCUCUCCUGAUGAAGGCUAUCCCUCAGCUCCUUGCUCUCCAUGCUCUGACUACAUUGAGAGCAAGGGAUCAGAAGAAGGAAAAUGUAUUAAAGUGGAUCUCCUCCAUUUUUUAGACUCCAUAGAAGAGUUGGGAAAAGUGGAUCUGUUCUACCGCAUUGUUAGGCUGGCACACUGGGAACUGGAUGGUGAGCUGAUUGUCAGAGAUAGGUUGGAUCACCAGCAAAAGCUUCAGAGGGUUAACAAAGAGGUGAAAUUGGCUUAUCUUGUGAAACUUCAGGAGGAAGGUUUAGACUUUGGCGAUGAGGAUAUCACUGGAGUUUUGGAUGAAAUGGGCAACAUUGACAUUCCAUGGAAGUUGUAUAAAAGCAACAAAUCAAGUGAAUCCCAGGAAUUUUCUGAUGCAGGGGUAGAUAUGACAGCCCCUUCUGAUCUUGAUGAAACCCCUGCCUCGGAUUCACUUGCUCCAUCGCCAUUGGAGCCUCCUCCUCUGCCCCCAAAACCUCCAACGAGGCAUGAGAGUGCCCACCCAGAAUCACACUCUUACGAGAACAUCAGCAGAGAUGUUUUCUCUGUCUCAUCCACUAAUCACACUACUAAAUUCUCUACAAGUGUCCCUGUUCCUACCUUGCCUGCAUUGUCAUCAUCACCCCCAGCUUUAAAACCUCCUGCCCUUCCUCCUCCUCCAUCACAGCCUGUGCCCUACUUAACCCUAAAUACAGACAGACCUGCUCUCACCUCCCCCACACCACCUAUUCCUCCUCCAAGAAGACGUCAUAAAGCCCGUCUAGAAGCUCAGAGACUUGCUGAGCUUGAAAGAGAAAAGACUCCUCUGUCCCUUCCCCCGCCGAUGUCCAGACCUCCUCCAUUGCCACCUCCACCUGCGAUGUCCUCGCCUCCAACUGUUCCACCUCCACCAUCUCUCCCGCAGCCUCCAUCUUUUCACGCCCUGGAUGUGGAAAUCCGAAAGUUGCUUGCGCUAGCAGGCCUCACCCAAGCUGAAUUGCUUAAACUUAGUCCUGAGUUGGGUGUUUGUGUAGAUAUUGUCCUGGAGAACAACCAACAGCCAAUUUCUGAUGUCUCUCAGAUUGGAGAAAUCAGUGUAAACAGAAUACAGAAGGAAGAAGGAGUAGAUAAGGGGUUGCAAUCCAGAUUGAAAGAAGGAUCCAGAUUUGGGAAAGACAGGUCUACAGGUGCAAAUGAAUUACAUACUCUCAGUGAAAAAGAAAUUUGUAAAGAUGAAAAGAAGGAAGCAAACAGGACAACAUCCUUCACAGAAAUGGCAAGGCGUCGUAAGAGAAAUGGUGGACACUGUAAUCAUAGCUGCAGCUGUGGUUUUGGAUCCCCCAACUCAUAUUACAGCACUGAUCUUAGCAAUACAAACAUCCCAAGUAUCAGCUUUGGAAGCUUUGAUUAUACUUCAAUGAUUUCAGAUACCCCUCCUCCUCCACCUCCACGACCAUUGCCCCCUUGUCCACCAAUUUCCUCCAAUCCUCCAGAACUUCCUCCUCUCAAGUCUUGCACUCUGCCUGCCAAUGCAUCUCGCCCAGAUAGGUUUGACUGGCUGAUAGCCUUCACCCCAGAUACAGAGUCGCCACCCCUUGAGAUGCGAAAAUCGUUGAACGAUGGCAUGUUGCAAAAAGGCCAAGCUUCAACUUCAGGCUCAAAAGUCACAACCUUUAAAGAAUUACGCAACAGAAGCAAACAGAGCUCCCAGCCAGCUCCUGUUCAACCAGAACCUGAUCCAACUGUUAUCACCCCAGACCCUGAUUUCCUGUACAACCUCAAAUGGAGAAAAGAGAAGAUUGAUGGGGAUGGCUGGGAAUAUACUUCCCAAGCACAAGCCUCAUUUCUUCAGCCGCCACCCACUCCUGCCUCAUUGUCUCUCUUUAGGGAAAUGUGCCGUCUGAAUAUACAAGAAGAUUGCCCAGCAGAACCCAAAGUGUCCCAGCAAAUUGGCUGUUCAGUAAGUGAAGGCAGCCUUAGGACUAUUUGUGAUGACAGAGAUAAAGCUGUUCACACCAAGAAGAUGGAUGAUGAAGACAAAGUGGAAGUUAGGGGAAUGGCAGAUGGAGCUUGGACUUUGGAAACUGGAACAUCAGUGUCCUCACCUCCCCUGUCCCUCUCCUUGACCUCACCUUAUUACCUGCACUCUGCUCCCCUGUCCCAGUUUUACCACAUUGACACUAACAGGGAUCGUGCCGUGACCCAUUGUGAAGGUUCUGUAAACCCGUUAUGCAUAGAUUCCACUUUUGACUGCAGCAAAGAUGACUAUACUGACUCCCUGUUCUGUGCAGGCCCAGAAAACAAUAAGUUAUUGUUCUGUAAACAAGAAAAUGAUCUCAAUGGUAACAUGGAUUCCCUGUACCACCGCUGUAAUCAUGCUGACAGCUUCCUAGACUCCUUAUACAUCUGUAGCCAUGAUCUUGACAGCACAAAAAACAGCUUCUGUCCACAUAACAGUGGAGUCGAUUCAAUCAGAAAUGAUGAAUUACUUUACAGUGAUGCCAGAUACACAAGAAGCAGCCUAAAGCUGUUCACUGACCCCGAACCACCAACUGACAUUAACACUCUCACUGAGGGCGACAUAACGCCGUACAAAAACAUUGACAUGCAGAUGUACAUAGCUAUGCGAAACCUUAAAAAUCGGAGCUAUGCGAACAAAAACAGUUAUAAAAAUGUCGACUCGCUGUUUGAUUUGAACUCAGACAACAUUGAAGACUCAAAACCACCAAUCAUCCCAUUUUUUGACCACAACAGCAAUGAAAACACAGCACAGAACAAACAGCAGCUUGUAUCUUUCCCUGCUUACUACCUGUAUCACCCUAAAAACUGCCCCUUGCAUAAAGGUGCCCCCCCACGGCUUUCCCCUGUAGGAGCGAUCUCGCCUCCUCACAGGUCCGGGCCUCCAGUUCCAGGCACAGAUGUUGCCCGUCUCUGUUCACCCCUGUUCCCCCGCAGUCACACCCUUCCUGCUCUUGCCGCCCCCCUUUACUACCCUUACCUGUACACACCCCCUGUUCAAGCCCCUCUGCGGGAGCCAUCGGUCCCCAUACUUCACUCUCAGCUGAGUCCACCACCGCUCACUUUGACUGUUCGCAGCUUCUCAUUUGACGGCUCUGAGCAGAAGAAUGCGGCCUGGAUAAGAGAAGAUGUGAGGCCCUCGCUAAGUGCUGAAGGGCUGUCUUCUGCCUGCCUGCAAGAAAAGAAAAUUCUUGUCAAUUCUGUCAGCGUGGCAGUGGAAGCCAUUUUGGCUCAGUUCAGUUCGUCCAGGACUGUUGUACAGAAGUUUUACUCAGUAGAUGAGACUCUUUCUGGAGACAGCAGUGUAAAUCCCUGUCUGGGUCGUCUGGUACUGCAGUACCUUUGCCCAGCCCUGCGUAACCUGCUCUCUGAUGGACUCAAGCCCCACCAGAGUGACCUAAUUGCAGGCAGGAGGCCAAAUUCAACCUGGAGAUUGGUUCAGGCCUCCACCAAACCAGGCCCGAGCUCACAGGCUUUGCACAACCUUCAGACUAAAGUAGCAGGGCUUCCCCAGCUCAAGCAGAGCAGACACAAGUUCAACGCAUUCCUGUUUGGCCUUCUCAAUGUCAAGCUCCUGGAUUACUGGCUUUCACAUCUGCAGUCCUGCAGUGAUGUGUUGGAGACAUAUUACCGCCCCACUUCCUUCAUGCGUCUCUCACUAACUUCCUGCAAGCCUCUUUUUGAGGAGCUUCUCCUCCUUCUGCAGCCUCUCUCUCUUCUGACCUUUAACCUCGACCUGCUGUUUCAGCAUCACCACCUUGACCCCUCCUCCCCAACUCUCACCCCAGCCAGUCACACAUCUGAGAUAUAUAGCCCACCGAAUGAAGACUUCAGCUUCCACUUGUCACCCAAGGGGCUUUUCCGAGGAAGUAGCCAUCAUCUUGGAAGCGUGUUAGAGAACGACCAUGGCAGUUUGGGUUUAGAUCUCCAAUCAGGUCUCGCCAGUCACAUUCUUGAUCUGUCAGCCUAUCGGAAUCCAAUUUCGCUGUCGUCAGGUGACACCAAGGAGGAAGCCAGUCUGCCGCUAUCAUGGUUUAAAGCAAGUGAGAUCUCCAUACCUCUGAAUGCCGGAAGCCUUUCCCAGCAGGCAGGCCAGGCUCUUCAGCAAGGCUGGGGUGCAGUAGUGCGUUUUGGGGAGCGUUUAGGGCAGAACUUUGGUUUGGCCACAAGCACAGAGGAUGAUAAAAGUCCAAACUCACCAGGAGACUUCAAACCUGGCUUCUCGCUGAAUCCAAAAAGUCCAGAAGAAAACAGGCAGCAACCAAGAGACGAUCUUUCCUUGAAAGAUAGUGGAGCUGCUGUUCCCUGGGGUCUGGGACGGCUCUUUGGAGCUUCUAAGAGCCCAAACAACCCACCAGCAAGCAGGCGCCCAUCUCAGUGGCUCUCCCCAGGCGCAUCCGUCCUUUCUCGCAUAGUGAAUCUUGGCCAGGGUUCUCCGCCUGAGGAGAGAGAGCCCCAGAGAGGCAAAGAUAAGGAGGAAAAUGAGAAGGAAGAGAUAAAUGAAAACAGAGAUCAGCCAAAGCCCCUGAGGAUGGUCCGAACUCUGUGUGACCACACAGGCGCUGGAGCAGAGCUGAGCUUCAGGAAGGGGGAGGAGCUUGUCCUGUUGGGAGGCGUGGCCCAUGACUGGAUUCGAUGUCGUCAAGGUCACAAGGAAGGCCUUGUUCCCAUUGGUUAUGCUUCACUUAUCAUGUGACUUAUCUUUGAUAUUGCCUGUAUGUUUGUGUGAAAGAAUAUCAGGGGAUAAUGUAUAAGGAAAAAGACCAUAUAUACAGUAGAUGUAGUUAUUAGUAGCCCUGUUACAUGUUUAUCUGUUCAUCUCUGACUCUCGUUGCCUGGUUUGUGACGUCUGGAAUAUUUUCUGUGAUAUAUAGGAAACUGUAUAAAUCUUAAAUAUAUAUUUAGAUUUGACAAAGAUAGAUAGACAGAUAAACAAUAGAAAUGGGUAAUGAAUAACAAUCAAGUUAAAAAUAGUGUAUUUAUUAUUAGGUGUUGCCAUAACAAUCAGCUCACACAGAAUCUUACUUAAAAAGCUCAGUGCAAAGUUACGUAUAUUCGUAAAAUAGCAUUUCAUUAUAGUUUUAAGUCUAAUAAACUACCAAUAUGCAUAUGCAACUUAUUUUCAUCUGAAACUGUGUGAAAAACCCCUUCAAUUUUUGACCAUAUCAUCAGCCCAUGGCAAGCACCUCUUCAUUAUUGCAAAGGCAUGAGUUUUGGUUAUUUUUGGGCUGCGUUAACAGAUAAAUGACAGAUUUACUCCAGUUAACUCUUAAAGUUAUUAUGCAAUUAAUGUUUUAUUUUUAUUGAACUGUUUAUUAUAAGAAAUUACUGGCUAAUCAGUGUAAAAACUAACUGCUUGACAAUUUAAAGAAUUGCUGGUCUAACUGAAAG